AUGAUUCGACCAACGAGUACGCUGCGUUUUGGUGCGAGUUCGUGCCUGGGUUCAGCUCGUGCGGCUGCCCGAUCUCCAGGUGCAGCCCCGCUCCUUCGCGCCCCACGACAACGACGGCCGAUCCGCACCUUCAUCGCCCUCACCGCAACGGCCUCGACCCUUGCAAUCGGCUAUGCUCUCCAGCAAUCGACGGAUGAGCCGCUUUAUGCUCGCUCGAGUGGGCCAGAACGAGGGUACGAGUCGCAGUCGCAGUUGCAUCGGGGAAAGCUCGGCAAUAUCUCCCCGAGUGUCUUCUUGUCAGUCUGACCCUGCGCGGUUUCCGGAGUUGAUUGCGGUCGAGCUCCGGCUAACUUCGACCGCGUCCACAUAGAUGGGGUCGCAACGAACACAACGUCGCAUCACCUCAGACACCCGAGUCCGACAUGGUCAAGCGACCUAAGCUGGCUGCCCAGUUCAAAGGAGCCGUCCUGCGCGACCUGGUCCUUGCAGAGACCUAUGGAGGUGCGUCGCAAAUAACACAAUUCGGUGCCAUGAUAUGCAAAUUUAUCCUCUUCCUCUUCGCUCUCGUGCACGCAGCCGCUGUCGAUGAAAAGGGUGACGUUCUACAGUGGGGCUCCGGGUUCGACUCUUCCCCAGUGGCGACGGCGACUCCUCGACCGACACUACGCGGCUACGACGUCCUCAAACUCACCGCCACACCACACAAGAUAUUCGCAUUGACUCGUAAGGGCGAGGUGAUCGUCUUCCCUAGCUCGAGUGAGCGUCAACAGAUCAACGAGGAGCAGAGGAGGAGCAAUUCGAGUUGGUGGAAAGUGUGGGGGUCCACGGACCACGGCACCGAUCACGAGAAGAUUAUGCCCGAGCAAGCGCUGGCGAAGGGAGAAAAGUGCGCACGGAAACCGGCCUCCAGACACUUCCUUCACGACCUAACCCUGGACAUUCUUGCUCUCCAGAUUCGUCUCGCUCUCGGCCGGCGAGUCCCAUCUGCUCGCUUUAACUUCCACCGGCCGAUCGUUUGGUCUCCCGCUCGAUCUCUCGGCGAACGUGUUUGGUCAACUCGGUGUGCGCAACGUCCAGCUCCUCUCGCUCCACUCUACAUCGGUCUCUUCAGGAGCGGUGCGCGUCAAGCUCAACCCCGACCCGACAUUGAACGAAGUCCGUCGCGAGCUACCCGCACCGCCCACUCGAAUCGACCCGCUGCUCUUGCCGCCUGGUGCGACUGAGCUGCCCGUCAUCGCCUCCCAACCUAUCGCACCCGUUUCACGUCCCCGACGAACCGAGUCAGACGUACGCUUGCAUGAUGAUGAAUCCACUCAGCAAGCGAUGGAAAAAGACAUCCGUUUUUCGACCGUCUUGCACGAACUCCCAGCUCUGCGCGAGAUUGAGAUCGCCGAACUCGUUGCCGGUGCUAGGCAUUCCCUCGCUCGCUUAUCCGAUGGUCGUGUUCUUGGUUGGGGAGCGAAUGGCUACGGACAACUCGGUCUUGGGUCGUCCCUUUCGUACCCUUCGAUCCCUGCACCGACCGAGAUCCCUCUGACGAGGUGUUACCCCAAAGCCGUUCGAGUAUCAUGCAACCGCAUCGCCGCGGGAGGCAACCUUUCCUACUUCAUCGUCGAUGCCGUGGACAUCCCUACGAUGAGGCAAACGAUCGACCUCUUGGCGACGGGCAACGGGCAAUUCGGAGGGAUCGGGAACGGCAGUUGGGCCCACCAAGCUUCGCCCGUCAAAGUCAAAACUAUCUCUGGCUUGUUGGAAUGGAGCGAAGAAACGGGUAAAGUCGCUCCUAUCGCUAUCAAGGACAUCUCAGUGGGCAAUGCCCAUAUCGCGUUGGUGUUGGAUAAUGCGGUCGAUCAAGGAGGCGUCAAGUUCGGGAGCGACGUCUUUGUGUGGGGCCACAAUAUGUAUCAUCAGUUGGGGACCGGCAAGAGGUCCAACCUCUCUACCCCGCAACAUUUACCUCCCUUGCCUUACGCGGGGUUGAUCGCUCCUCCUACGCGGACCAUCGCCAGCGUCGAAGGAGCGACGGCAACGGAACAACAGCCGGAGACGGAAAGGACAAUGGGGAGUGGGACGUUGAGCCCGAUGCCUCAUUCGAGGAUGCAACUUGCGCCUGAGAUUAGAGUGGGCAAGAAGGUCGUCGAGGAAGCGAUUGUGGCCGGGGAUGGGGGCAGUGCAGUCUAUUGGAGGAUUUUGAAUCCCUGA